AUGCCUUUUGCAUUGUCUAAGAUUACUAGUAAAGCUUGUCAAGGUAUGGAGAUUCGAUUUGAGGACAAAGUUUCCAAGAUCAAUUUGAUUUGUAUUCCUAUGAAAGGAAUAUAUGUGAUUAUUGGUAUGGACUGGCUAGUAGUAAAUAAUGCUAUGCUUGAUUGUGUAAGAAAGGUGGUUUCAUUACCAAUGUGGUCUGCAAUAAUGGAUUCAUCUAAGCAACCUAAGUUCUUGUUGAUGGUUAGUGCUAAGAAGUUGAUUCGGCAAGGUUAUAAUGCAUAUAUAGUGUUCUUUGCCUUUAGUACAGUGUAUGAUAGUAGAAUCGAGAAGAUUGAGAUAGCAAGCGAGUUCCCUGAGGUGUUUUCAAAUGUAGUGACUAGUUUAACUUCAGGAAGGGAAGUUAACUUCUCAAUUGAUUUGGUUCCUAGAACCAAACCAACAUCAAAGGCUCCAUAUAGAAUGUCACCAUCAACAUUGGCUGAGUUAAAGAAGCAAAUUGAAGAUUUACAAAUAAAGGAUUCAUUAGACUAA